AUGGGCGAAAAGCCGGACGAGCGAGCAAGCAAGCGGGCAAGCGGCUGGGACGGCUCGGGCACGGCUGGGCGAGCGACUGGGCGAGCUCGGCCAUGGCCUGGGCAGUGGCCAGGUCGAAAUUCGGAAUGUCACACGUCCCUUCCCUCUCACGCCAACUCGAGCGAUGGAUUCUUCAACAAGAGCAAAGGGAAGCCAAGCGACACCGAUGCUGUGUACGGCAGCUUCCUGUGCAGGGGAGAUGUCCCCAUGGAUGUGUGCGUGGAAUGUGUGACAAAUGCCAGUGUCAGUAUCAAAGAGAUUUGUCCUAUGGCCAAAGUGUCUAUCCUCUGGUUCGACGAGUGCAUGUUACGGUAUUCGGACCAUGACUUCUUUUCAGCCACGGACAAAGCACCUCUUCUGAAUGAGUAUAAUGCGGAGAAUGUGAAAGAGCUCGCCGAGUUCAUGAAGCUAUUGAGCAAAACAAUGGACCAGUUGGUAACUGCAGCCGCUGAACGACAUCACAAGAAGUAUGCUUACAAAGAGGCCGACCUCAAGUCAAGCCGCACUCCUCUAUGUACAUUUGUCCAGUGCAGGCCUGAUAUCUCGGCAGCUAACUGCGAGGAUUGCCUCCAGAAUGCAACUUCGAAACUCCUGACAAUCCAAACCAGGAAAAUCGGGGGCAGAGUCUUGCCCCCAUGUUGCUUCGUCAGAUUCGAGAUGUACCCGUUCUACGAAAACCUCUCUAAAGGGAGUGAAAUUUCGGAACUACAUUGCCUGCAAUUUGAAGUGUGCGCAAUUGAAGCUGCCACAGCUUACUUCUCGAAUCACAACAAAUUAGGGGAAGGUGGGUUUGGUCCAGUUUACAUGGGAACACUUCCUUGUGGAAGAAAAAUUGCAGCAAAACGGUUGUCUCAAAGCUCAAAACAAGGCGUGCAGGAAUUCAAAAACAAAGUCGAAUUGGCAGCCAAGCUUCAGCACAGAAACCUAGUGAGGCUAUUAGGAUUUGCCAUGGAAAGAGAAGAAACGAUACUGGUCUACGAGUACGUGCCUAAUGGAAGCCUCGACCAGUUGCUCUUCGACCCUCGGCAAAGCAUACAGUUGGAUUGGUGUGCCCGCCACAAGAUCAUGGUUGGGGUGGGACGUGGUCUUCUUUACCUUCAUGAAGAUUCUCGGCUCCGAAUUAUCCAUCGUGACCUCAAAGCUAGUGACAUCCUUCUCGAUGAUGAUAUGAACCCGAAAAUCUCGGACUUUGGUAUGGCUAGGAUUUUUUAUGCUGAGCAGACUCAAGGAAGUACAAACAGAUUCAUCGGGACAUAUGGCUACAUGUCUCCUGAAUACGCAAUGUAUGGACAAUUUUCAGUAAAAUCCGAUGUGUUCAGCUUCGGUGUGCUCAUGCUAGAGAUCAUAACUGGCAAAACGAGUCAGUAUUCUUACAUAUCAGAUCACGAUGCGGGCGUUCUAGACUAUGUUUGGGAACACUGGAGAAUCGGAGCAGCUUUGGAAAUUGUGGAUCCGGCACUAAAUAAAUCUAUCUCUGCAAGCGAAGUGAUCAGAUGUAUUCACGGUGGCUUGCUUUGCAUUCAGAACAAUAGAGAAGCCCGACCUGCUAUGGAUACAAUUGUUCUUAUGCUCAGUAGUGCAGAUUCCGUUAGCCUCCCCAUGCCCGAGCAGCCUAAGUUCUUCAUCCCAAGUGUGAAGCACAAGCAACAAUCUCGAGAUCGAAACUCAAAUCAAUCAAGCGAGAAGCUCAAUAGCAGCAAGACAAUGCCACAAUGUUCGGUGAUUACCAGUUGUCUAACUGAUGUCGCUCCUCGAUAG